AUGACCAUCAACGCUCUGAAGGACACACUAGAUGUCAGACUCGGCUUUAUUCUGCCUUGGGACACACCAUAUUUCUUGCCAAUGCUUCUGGAUGAAUAUAUCAUUACGACCAUGCCCGAGCUAGCCGUCCUGCUGGGCGAGUCGCCGUGCUCGCGGCGCAUAGCAAGAAUUCAUCCGGAGGCUGGGAUUUGUGAGCAUGAAUUGGCUUAUGCUUGCUCCCAGCAUGCUGUAGGUUUCGAGGAUGGAAAGCUCGGACUGGAAUUCCUCCGUGCUUGCUACCAAGACUAUGGUAUCUCCCCAGCCAUGGCCCAGAAGCAUCAACACAGAUGUCAUCCAAAGGAGAAGCAAAACAGCAGAGUGGGCGUAAGUGCCUGUACUAGAGUAAAGCAGCAGAUUGAGAGAAACAAGGAGGUUUGCUUCUAUAUACCACCGAUAGUUGACUGCACGAUCCAGUAUUCGAGAUGGGAGGAUUUGAGGCCGUUGCUCAAGUCUGCUGGGUUUAGAGGCGAUGAAAAUCUAGAGCAAGGGACCUGCGACAAGAGGCUGUCUGGUGAUACAUACAUAGACAAUCGGUUUCGGGGUAUGGGUGGGUCCAAAGUGAAAAUUACGGCAGCAAAGGAGUGA